AUGCUUGACCAAUGUCUUUUUCAAUGUGGUCUUAGGUGUGGAGGAGGAGGGAGGGAGGAUGACGAGGAGAAAGAUGAAGAUGAGUGUGAAGACACCCCGGCUGGAAGGCUGACUCAGAGCCUGCUGAUGCACACGGCCCCACAGAGAUCCUCGAGCAACAGGAGGAGGCCGGACAGCAGGGAGUACAGGCCGUGCAGGGAGCCGGUGAACCCGUACUACGCUAACAUGGGCUACGCUCGCGCUCCAGCCACCAGCGCCAACGACAGCGAGCAGCAGAGCAUGUCGAGCGACGCUGACACGCUCUCACUGCCCGACAGCAGUGUGUAAGUGCAUGCACACAGUCACUAAACUAUUGCAUGCA